AUGAGCAUUAAUUUGUAUUAUUUGCUUCUACCGUCUACGAGACAGAACGUAGCAGAAAUGUUAUCAAUUAUAUCAAUCAUAACGUGUCAUCUUAUUUAUAUGUUUGGGGCCAAUUAUGGCGCACAAAUAGUAACUGAUCAUAAUGACGAUUUUUUUAAUGCAACAUGUAAUGCAUUGUGGUACAUUGCUCCAUUAUCAUCGCAAAAAAUAUUUUUAUUUUUAAUGCUUCGUACAAUAAAAAAAUAUAAACCAGCUAUCUGUAGUGUAUUUGUGGGAUCGCUGGAAGGAUUUGCCACGCUAUUUACCACAUCAUUGUCGUACUUAACACUACUUUAUUCUAUACAAUAG